AAAGAGAGAACGAGAGAGAGAGAGAGAAAGUGCAAGGGACAGACGUGGAGCUGAACUGAGGGAGCCACGCAGACGUGGAUCUGAGAGGAGGGAGCAAGAAAGAGAGAACGAGAGAGAGACGAACAGUAUCCUGAGAGGAUCUGAGAAACACACAGUGGAACCUGACAUUCAUCCAUUUGGUUUCUCACCAAGAGAAAGGAAAGUUUAAACUCCACAUGGGACUUUAAAUGACAGAGGAGCCACGUGAUACUGGACUGGAGUGCAUCGGAGUCAAAGGAUUCAGAAAGAGAUAGUGAGGUAACACUUGUUACUUUUUUCCUGUAUGAUCAUUGAACAAUCCAUGCAUGUCCAGGUGUCACAGUAGUAAACAAAGCCCCGAGUAGAUAUAGAGCUAGCUGACUGUUGGAACUGCAGAGCACGGUGACUAUGUCCUUCGCCAUGGUGCGGCCGGCGCCCAACCGGUACCUAUACUCAGACAUCUCCAUGUUGUCCGAGGACGAGGAGAAUGGAAGCGAGAGCUCGGGCUCGGAUGACCGCUCCUUCCGGCUGGACGCCAGAGGCUAUGACAUCAAGGUCGGGGGCCGCAAACGGAAGCCAGGCAGCGCUGGAGCAGGGCGUCUGGGAGGAGGUCAGCUCCUGCCUGAGAUGUCGCUCUCGCAGGACGGCUCCAUCUCUCCGACGAGCGGGCUGCCGCGGCAGCGCAACGCGGCCAACGCGCGGGAACGGGACCGCACCAACAGCGUGAACACGGCCUUCACCGCCCUGCGGACCCUCAUCCCCACCGAGCCAGCCGACAGGAAGCUGUCCAAGAUCGAGACGCUGCGGCUGGCGUCCAGCUACAUCUCCCACCUGGGCAACGUGCUGCUGGUCGGGGAGACAUGCGGGGACGGGCAGCCAUGCCAUGCUGGAGCGCCCUCCUCUGCCCACUACUUACAUCACCAUGGAUCUCCGGCCCGCGAUGCAGAGAACUCCCAGCCCAAACAAAUCUGCACAUUCUGCCUCAGCAACCAAAGGAAAAUGGUGAGUGAGUUAGGCUGUCCCAUCCGUCCACACCAUGCAUAUGCCAUCGUGCCACAAGUAGGAUACAAAACACCACGACUCCAACCACUAAAGCAGGGUUUCCCAAACUCGGUCCUGGGGCCCCCCCUGGGUGCACCUUUUGGUUUUUGCCCUAGCACUAUACAGCUGAUUCAAAUAACUAACUCAUCAUCAACCUUUGAUUAUUUAUAUCAGCUGUGUAGUGCUAGGGCAAAAACCAAAAUGUGCACCAAGGGGGGGCCCCAGGACCGAGUUUGGGAAACCCUGCACUAAAGUAAAGCAUUAUCCAAUUAGUGGGCGUUUCGUUUAGGAAGUAUCAUGCUGGAUGGCUCCUUCCUAUAUGAUUCUUAUAGCCUAAGUGAUUUUAAAUAAACAUUUGAAAAGCUUUCAAAUUUACGCUACUCUUAGACAAGAAAACUACAUAAAUAAUCUCCUAUUAUUCCCUUAUUUAUUUAGGAUCAUAUUUUCUUGCAAGGUGAAUAAAGAGAAUCCUAUGCACUCCGCUGUCCUGGGGGGUAAGAGAGCAGCCCCUCAGUGCUCAGACAAAGAGACAGUGACAGAUGAGAAGGCCCAGUACUCCAGCUUCAACUAAACCUCUCAGUAGUAAGACCCUAAUCCCCAUCUCUCAGAGACAUCUCAAUUUACUUCCUGCAUUCAGUAGCACUUCCCAUUGUCUCUUUGGUCUGAGUAGUUAGGGACCGACUGAAUCGAGGCCAACAGAAAAUAGAGCCUAAACAAGGAACUGUCACAGCGUCUCUCUCGCUCCCUCUGCUCUUCCUGUGCUCUUCUUCAGCAUACGCCUGGACAGACUCUGGCUCAUAAAGCCAACACCACACCGCAUUAAAAAUACAACCCUAAAUCACGCUCCGGCCAUGAGAAAUUCAACAAAAAAAACAAAAAACAGAGGAGGGGGAAACUGUCAUUUCAACUCACAAGAGCAAAGCAGCUUUCACACUUGAACUAUACCACAUGCUCUAAACAAUUAAGAGUCAACCAUGACACUGGCACAUUUUCGGUUAGGUACUGUAUAUCACCACCACAAUAUGUAUUAUACCCUGUCCAAAAUCCAUUUCAUUGAGAGGGAAAAAAGCACAGAUGAAAGGAAAAAGCCAGGAGUCAACAAUGUAUUUAGAACUGAAUGUGUUUUAAAGUGAUUAGACCUCUAAAAUGACUUACUGGACUUAUUCCUUCUAACUCCUAGUGGAGCAAACAACACAAUACCAAGACUUGCCACAGCUCCAAUACCAAGACUUGCCACAGCUCCAAUACCAAGACUUGCCACAGCUCCAAUACCAAGACUUGCCACAGCUCCAAUACCAAGACUUGCCACAGCUCCAAUACCAAGACUUGCCACAGCUAGACUGGCCACAACUCCAAUACCAAGACUUGCCACAGCUCCAAUACCAAGACUUGCCACAGCUCCAAUACCAAGACUUGCCACAGACUCCAAUACCAAGACUUGCCACAACUCCAAUACCAAGACUUGCCACAACUCCAAUACCAAGUUCCACAACCAAUACCAAGACGUAGAAACAUCUACCUAGGUCUACAUGCUCUGAUUGCAGGUCGAAAGCAUUCUGGGAACAUCUGCUUUAUUCCCCAAUCCGCCAUUGAGCCAUCCUGAGCGAUUUACACACACAUCCUGUGUUGACCUAAGGCUUUCCCAGGGCUCCAAUUAAUAACACACACACACACACACCCUGCCUCGCUGCAUCUCAGACCUCUGGCUUCCUAAAUAAAUCAUGAUGAAUACGAUAAUGACUUGUCAUUCUGGACAACACACACCAUCACUAGAGAUCUUCAAUAGCAUAACCACAGAGCUGCACAGUAGACUUAGUCUGCCAUGAUUAAUAUAUUAACAUGUCCUGGAGAGUCACAACUCCUGACCUCUGGACAAAUCUAAGAGAACGCUAUGCUCAACUUUCUAGUGUAAUAGCACAAGCCCACCCCACCAUUAACAAUAUCUGGAUCAACCUUGUUAUAGCAUCACCAAGGAGCGAAUAAUACAUCAAAUCAAAACUAAUUCAAGUAAAAGCCUAUUAGUAAUGUAAUGUUUUGUAGACCUUUCGCUGCUACAAAGGGGCUCUUUGAAAGACCAUGGAGGAAACAGAGAUGCAGGAGUUAUACAAUUAAUAAUGAUAGAGAUUAAUGGACAAAUCGCCCCGACUGGAAGCAAUCCUAUUCGUCCACUUCAUUGAUUUUAUCAAGGCAGAAUAAACCAGCAAAUGAGAUAAUGUCUGUUUAAGUGUUUUCUCCUGAAUUAAAGGCCUGUCUAUAGGAGGCCUGAGCCGGGCCGAUAUUCGAAACAGAUUGGGCUUUGGCUUUGUAGUCGAGGCUUUAAGAGGCGAAGCGACCCACUCCAAACCGCACUGCUCUCUUUACCCGUACUUAGCUCUCAUUACUCUGUGAAAAGCAUUGCUCGGCCAAGACUCAUUUCUUUAUUGUUUCUAAAGAAAGAAUAAAAUAAAAUAAAGAGGAAACACAUUGAGGUACUGUAGAACACAUGUCAAAAUGUUUCCCAAUUCGGACAGAGAACAAAAUUGACAACAGGAUGAUUGAAAAAUACAACACUCGAGAGUUGUUGUCCGACAUAGAUCAUUCACAAGCAUUUGAAAGUGUAGGAAAGAUGAUAAAUGCUUCAUUGAUAAAUUUGCAUUCUGUUAUGAUAUCACCAGUUUAGUACUUGUGUUGGACUCAAUCAACCAAUCAAAGUGCUCCCAAGGUGCUCUUUUAUAGCCUACUACUCAUUGGAUCAGUAGUCAUAUCAAACAUUUUACAUCACCAGAGAGAGACUGAAUUCACACUGAAUUCUCUUUAUUGUAUUUCAAGCUUUUUCCUGCCACUGAAGUCAUAGGCCAAUUUAUGUGAGAACAGACACAGCAAUUAUUUGCUUACAGAUGUGUGUAUGUGUUGGUAAGUGUGUGAUCUUAUGAUGUUUUCCAUUCCAAAAUGUUAUCCAUCUGGCACAGCUUUACCUUGCUUGGAGUGGAAUAAAUAAUUUUCUAUGUAACAUAGUCAAGCUAGACAUCUCAUCCUCACACACACACACACACUAUUCAGACCAUCAUGAAACAUUUUACAUUUCUAUUGACAGCAAAUCAAUUGUGUAAAAGUACACUUCAACCACAGCCCCAUAAUGAUGACGUUAGACAGAACAGGGCAGAAAUUAACCAAAAUUGAGGUUCCAUCCCCCCUCGGCUCUCUCUUUUGUUGGGGGCUGCUCAGCACAGUCCAUUAGGAAGGGAGCAUUCUUUCUCCCUAAUAGCUGUAGCAGGUGAAGACAGGGGUUAUGAAGGAUGGCAGGGGGAUUGCAUAACGGGACACACAGGAGCAGACAACCCCUAAUCAAAUGGACAGUCCGUGUGCAGCAGCAGUUUCGAGGAGCACAGGGGAAAGAACUUGGCGAGCUUCCUCUGUGUACUGGGGCUGGGGGUAACCCAACAGAUUACUAAUUGAGUAUAGACAGCUUCAGAGCCCAGUCCCAAAGCUGUGCGCUAGCCUAGCAGCCACAGCUCCAUCAUGGCUCAUAUUUUCUGUAAUUAUCUCGAGUUCCUUCAUUACAGCCAUAUGGAAGAUACUAAAGCUUUACCCUGUAAUGGGAGUCUAUCAGUGUGAACAUGUAGCACAUUAUGAAAUUACCCAGUGUGAACUAACAGUAGGCUGAGGACCAAGCUAUAAUGAAAAAUAACACUUAAAGUUGCAUAUUGUCGUAACUUAAUAUUUAAUUUGAAUCUACAAUACUAUUGUCCAACUGUAAAAUAAGCCUUAACCAUGUGAUAAAAAAAACACAUUUUUCACUCACUCAGUCACACACACACACACACACCCACAAACACCUGUCUAACAAGUUAUUCUAUAAUACACAAUAUCGCGUCCAACUUUUGUCCACAGACAAAACAGAGGGUGUAAAGAACCCACGCUCAGAAUAGUUAGGAUGAACAGAAGGAAAGGGGGUUGCGUUUAAUAACCCAAACAGAUGAAUCGUCUGUUAGGGCUUGAGUUACGCGUCUGAAAAUCCACAUACCCCUACACACACACACACUGAGUGCCUCCAUUGUAAUCUUGAACCAAUCUGCCAACGUUACCUGUCAGGCCGAGACCAAACCAAAUAUUUGCCUAAAGAAUGAAGCCUGAGGAGAGAAAAAAAAAAAAACACAGAUCGGCUUCUGUGUCUGUGGAAAUGUAAUAUGUUGUGAUAUGUUCAUAAAAACAACAAAACCUUCCCAUGUAAUUAGAUACUGUAUAAGCAAGUGGUGGAAGCCUUAAAAAAGAAAAGAAAAAAGGUGUGAGUUCAAUAAAAAAAGCCUUUUUGGUUUCAGCUGCUGUGGAAUUAGCCCUAUCCAUCUUUACAAUGUGUUAUACAGGAUAUGAAAAACAAAUGUUAAACAAAAAUCCUAUUAGUCGGGUGUAAGUGAUCCCUGGAGCCGACGAAUGUGACUUUAAAGUGGCACUGAACAAAAACAAUAAACCAAAGAGAGAGGAAAAAAAAGUUCCUGGCCCGUUUUCAAAUGAGACUGUCUGACCUCAUCAAUUCGAGACGAGUGUUUUGACAGAGCGCCUGGGCCCGCCUACGUGAGACGUAGCCGUGGAAACGAUGGCAUUCCAUGGCCUGGUCUCCCAUUCUCUGGGUUAGAGCGUAGGGAGCAAAAUGUGAGCCAGGUGUGCUAAUGCUAGUUCUGCCACUCAGUGUAUGGUGAGAGAAGAAAACAUGAGCCUCCCCCAUGGCCAUGCUACAGCCCACAAGCCCCAGACCAGUCGACAUCAUACCUCACCAGUCCACAGCCUCCACACAUCCCCAGUCCACAAAGCCCUACAGGCAGCCUCCACAGCAGGCUGGACCAGUGGGUUAGAAGAAUAGAACUAGGCCAGUCUGACAGGAGCGAGCAGUGCACUCACUCAAAGGGUUAACAUCAGACAUGACAUUACUCAAAUAAAAUAAACAAUUUAUUUUCCUUUACUUAUGCUACCUCAGCAAUAAGGUGUAUUGUAAAAUUGUUAAACGAUUGGGCUAGAAUCCUUCUUGGAAAUGUAUUUUCACAUUAAAGUGUUUUGCAUUUGACUAUAAAUAGCCUACUAGAAAAUGUUAACUGUUUUUUUCCCCCUUUCUUUCAGAGCAAAGACAGAGACAGGAAAACUGCUCUAAGAAGUUAAUAUCUGGAGGACGACAGAGGGAACUGUGGACCAAAAACGUGACAUGCUUAAGGUGUACAUAAAUCGAAAUCUGUAUUUAAUUAUAUGCCGACCCCCCCCAAAAAAAAAGUUUCUGAAGAGGUAAUAAUUGAGACUGUGGGACUUCUUGGACAGUGGAAGCUUGCCCGGACUCAAAGAGGAGAUCGAGAAUAAUCUUCCCUCUAUAAAACGUUCUACACUUCUCCAUUCCAUGACCUCUCAAAGACUUGAAAAGAGAACAAACAAACAAAAAAAUACAUUCCUCUUAUCUUUUCUUUACCUGAGAAUGUCUGCAUAUGUAGACUGAUAAAGCUGAAACUUUAGAACCACAACCCCCUCUGCAUGAGACAGACUCCUAGACAGUCGGUAAGGACCAAGAUGAGCCACGGUGGAACUAAAAGGGGUGUGGUAAGGAGGGUUGUAAUGGACAAGGGCAGGCAAAACUGGAACUCAUGGUUGACUGUAUCAGGCUACUUGCCGUAAAGUGAGCGAACUGUUCCACAAGCCAAAUAUAUAACACAGCUUUCACUUGAAAUUUAACUGGGUUUUCUGGUCAGUGAGUUUCUACCCCGAUGGACAACUGCCUUUCUCAUGAAGAAGAUAAAUCCUCAGCGUUCUGUCUUCUGUUAUUUGAUGUUGUGUACAAUAUUUGUAAGAAUGUGUUAAAAUUCAUGACUAAAUAAAUAUG